UGCUGUCCAGAACCCUUUAGUCUCAGAGAGGAUGGAGUUGACCGUCCUGUAUAAGGAGUAUGCGGACGAUGACCAUGUAUACCAGCAGAAGAUCAAGGAUCUGCUGAAGAAGUAUUCCUACAUUCGGAAAACGAGGCCGGACGGGAACUGCUUCUACCGAGCGUUUGGCUUUUCCCACCUGGAGGCUCUACUGGAGGACGGCAAGGAGCUGCAGCGCUUCAAGGAAGUGGCGGCGAAAAGCAAAGAGGUGCUGGUUUCGCAGGGCUUCACGGAAUUCACCAUUGAGGACUUCCAUAACACGUUCAUGGACCUGAUCGAGCAAGUGGAGAAACAGACCACGGUGGCGGAGCUGUUGGGCUCCUUCAACGACCAGAGCACCUCCGAUUACCUUGUCGUCUACCUACGGCUGCUGACGUCCGGCUACUUGCAACGGGAGAACAAGUUUUUCGAGCACUUCAUCGAGGGAGGACGGAGCAUAAAGGAGUUCUGCCAGCAGGAGGUGGAGCCCAUGUGCAAGGAGAGCGACCACAUCCACAUCAUCGCCCUGGCUCAGGCCCUCAACGUCUCCAUCCUGGUGGAGUACAUGGAUCGGGGCGAGGGCGGGGCCACCAACCCCCACGUCUUCCCCGAAGGCUCCGAGCCCAAAGUGUAUCUACUCUACAGACCGGGACACUACGACAUCCUGUAUAAAUAGACGGGGGGGGGGUAGGAGCGAGGCAGGUGGCUGGUCAGUCAGCCCACCCACCCCCCCUCUCCCCCUCCAUCCCCCCCCCCCCCCCCCCCCCCCCCUGCUGAUGUCCCCCCCCCCGCCCCCCACCCGUGUUUUUCCCACCCACCCACCCCCCAUCCCUCUCGCCGGGCAGCCUCGUCUGUGCUUGUAAAUGGUGAUCGUUCCUGCUGCCCGUCUCGCUCACUUGGUUUGUUUAUUAUUAUAUAUUUUUCCCUGCUUUUGUUGCUACGCUCUUCUUCUGUGUUUUAUUAAAGGGGAGGCUGGUGAGA